ACAGGGGUAGGAUGCAAGUAGCUUGCUAGCAACAGCAGCACCCAGAGCGGGAGGCGGCGACAAGGAGUCUGCAGUGAUGAGCGCCCCGCAGCAGUGGCGGCUGCCUCUUUGAGCCGGCUCUGCUUUGGUACCAACUUGGAGAGGAGGGAGCUGCCCAGCCUGGCACCGGAGGAAUCCAGCGGCAGAGGAGACCCGCCGCCUCAGCUUCGCCUCCUUUUGCCUCUCUGGCUUCGAGUUGCCCAGAUCCACGUCCCCAAAACGUGGCUGGAAAAGGAGGAGGCGAUCCAGAGCUGGGAAAGUCUUGGGGCUUCGGGUAGGGAGGUUGGAGCCUUGGGAAGGCUUGCAAAGGGAAGAAGCAAAAGAAGAGGACGCCUCUAGAGAACAGGAGGAGGACGAGAAGGAAAGAGAGCGGGAGACGCAGCAGCCUGAAGCGGCGAUGCCUUCUUCUUGGAACCGGGGAGUUUCUGCCCCCGGCGUGAUCGUCCUGCUUCUAGUGGGCAUUUGUCACCUGAGGCCAUGCCACGCAGCCCAAGUUGCUGUUAGACCCUAUGGAGGCAAAAAUACAGGGAUAGAGUAUGGUGACAUGCUUCCCGAUUCCUUCCCCUCUGCCCCUGCAGAGUCCCUUCCCCACUUCCUGUUGGAGCCGCAAGAUGCCUACAUUGUGAAGAACAAGCCUGUGGAGCUGAUCUGCAGAGCCAACCCUGCCACCCAGAUCUACUUCAAGUGCAAUGGCGAGUGGGUGAAUCAGAACGAUCAUCUCACCACGGAAAGCUUGGAUGAGGUCACUGGGCUCCUUGUCAGAGAAGUCCAAAUUGAAGUCUCUCGUCAGCAGGUGGAGGAGCUCUUUGGCUUGGAAGACUACUGGUGCCAGUGCGUGGCUUGGAGCUCUGCUGGAACCACCAAAAGCCGGAGGGCUUAUGUCCGGAUAGCAUACCUGAGGAAGAACUUUGACCAGGAGCCUCUUGGGAAAGAGGUGCUGCUGGAUCAUGAGGUGCUUCUGCAGUGCCGCCCUCCUGAGGGGGUGCCAACAGCCGAGGUGGAGUGGCUGAGGAACGAGGAUGUGAUUGACGCCUCCCAAGACACCAACUUCCUGAUCACCAUUGACCAUAACCUCAUCAUCAAGCAGGCAAGGCUUUCAGACACUGCCAACUACACCUGUGUGGCCAAGAACAUUGUUGCCAAACGGCGGAGCACCACAGCCACAGUCAUUGUCUACGUGAAUGGUGGCUGGUCUACCUGGUCAGAAUGGUCCCCGUGCAGCAACCGCUGUGGCCGAGGGUGGCAGAAGCGCACCCGGACUUGCACCAACCCAGCGCCUCUCAAUGGUGGCUCUGUUUGUGACGGGCAGUCCUUCCAGAAGCUUGCCUGUACCACUAUGUGCCCAGUAGAUGGAGCUUGGACUGAAUGGAGCAAGUGGUCAGCCUGUAGCACGGAGUGCACGCACUGGAGGAGCCGGGAGUGCACAGCCCCAUCCCCCCAAAACGGAGGCAGAGACUGUAGUGGAGUGCUGCUUGAUUCCAAAAACUGCACCGAUGGACUCUGUAUGCAAAAUAAAAGAUUUGUAAGCGAGCCCAAAAGUCACCUACUGGAAGCUACUGGGGAUGUAGCCUUGUACGCUGGCCUGGUGGUUGCCGUCUUUGUCUUCAUUGUUAUCCUGAUGGCUGUCGGGGUGGUUGUGUACAGGCGUAGCUGCCGGGACUUUGACACAGACAUCACAGACUCUUCAGCAGCUCUGACAGGAGGUUUCCACCCAGUCAACUUCAAGACCUCCAGACAUGACACUCCCCAAUUGUUGCACCCUUCAAUGCAACCCGACCUAACAGCCAAUGCGGGUGUGUAUCGUGGUCCCAUGUAUGCCUUGCAAGACUCCUCAGACAAGAUCCCAAUGACGAACUCUCCGCUGCUUGACCCACUCCCCAGCCUCAAGAUCAAAGUGUAUAACUCCUCCACAGCAUCAUCUUCACCUGGGAUGCAUGAGGGGACAGACCUGUUGGGAGCUGUGCCCUCAGGCACCUUCCCAGGGGAGAACCUCAGGGAUAACCACUUCAUGAACCUAAGGAACAAGACCAUGGGAUCUCAGCAGCUACUGACUUUGCCCCGAGAGCCUGGAAACAGUGCCACUGGGACAUUUGGCUGCUUGGGAGGAAGGCUCACCAUCCCUGGCACAGGGGUGAGUUUAUUGGUACCACAUGGAGCAAUUCCACAGGGAAAGUUCUAUGAAAUGUAUCUGAUGAUCAACAAAGCAGAAAACACUCUCUUACCAUCAGAAGGCACACAGACAGUGCUGAGUCCCAUGGUAACCUGCGGCCCCACUGGCUUGCUCUUGUGCCGCCCCGUCAUCCUAACCGUCCCACACUGUGCAGACGUCAGCUCCCCGGACUGGAUGUUGCAACUGAAAACUCAAUCCCACCAAGGAACUUGGGAGGAAGUGGUCACUCUGGAUGAAGAGACUUUAAACACUCCCUGUUACUGCCAGCUGGAACCCAAGUGCUGUCAUGUUCUCCUAGAUCAGCUUGGGACCUACGUCCUUGUGGGAGAGUCCUACUCAAGGUCAGCCAUCAAGAGACUCCAGCUCGCCAUCUUUGCACCCACCCUUUGUACCUCAUUGGAAUACAACCUCAAAGUCUACUGCCUGGAGGACACACCAGAUGCCCUGAAGGAAGUGCUUGAAUUAGAAAGGACUCUUGGUGGCUAUCUGUUGGAAGAACCCAAGCCCCUGCUGUUUAAGGACAGCUACCACAACCUGCGCCUCUCCAUCCAUGAUAUCCCUCAUUCACUUUGGAGGAGCAAACUCCUAGCCAAGUACCAGGAAAUCCCUUUCUAUCAUAUCUGGAGUGGCAGCCAACGGGCACUGCACUGUACCUUCACGCUUGAGAGAUACAGCCCAGUCUCCACAGAACUUACUUGCAAAAUCUGUGUUCGGCAAGUGGAAGGGGAAGGGCAGAUAUUUCAGCUACACAUUACACUUGGAGAGAACUCCAAUUCCUUUGAUGCCUUGUGUUCCUACCCUGGCAGUGCCCUGACAACUCAGCUGGGGCCAUAUGCCUUCAAGAUCCCUCUGUCCAUACGACAGAAAAUCUGCAACAGCCUUGAUGCUCCCAACUCCAGAGGAAAUGACUGGCGACUCCUUGCUCAGAAACUUUCCAUGGAUCGGUAUCUGAAUUUCUUUGCCACCAAAGCCAGCCCAACAGGAGUCAUCCUGGACUUAUGGGAAGCCCAGCACCAGGACGAUGGGGAUCUUAAUACUCUGGCCAGUGCCUUGGAAGAGAUGGGCAAGAGCGAGAUGCUGGUUGUCAUGGCAACGGAGGGGGACUGCUGAUGCAGUUCUCAAGAAGAUUCCCAGCAAUGGCCGAGUAGAGGAUGGAGUGAGAGAGAGGGAGAGAAAAUGGAGGAAACAGCCCUUUUUUGAACCAAUGAGGGAGAUGAUUGCGAAAAGGAAGCAGAACUAUAGCUAAACUCUGAAGGGAUCACACUGAGUUUCUUCUCCUUCUCACACUCCUCCCUCCUCAAAUCACAAUCAGCCUUAGAGAUCCACAUUGAGCAGUUUACAAGCAAUCCAAGUGUUAAAAAGACUCCUUCCUUCUCCUCUUCACAGCCUCUGGAGUGAGGCACAAAAGCAAUGUAUCAUUGCUAACCAUGACCACAGCAGUGGUGGCCCCCAGCUGCUACUCCUGCAUCACGUGGCUUAUGAGGGCUGUUGGAAUCUGGGUUGGGUUUUUUGCUUUCGUUUUGUUUGAUUAUUCUGGGCGGGUACUGAUCUCCUCUCUUCCCACCCCUGCCUUGUUUGCCUACUUCUUCUUUACUGGCUUUUAUGCUUUGAAGAGUCGAGUACAAUCUAGAAAAGACUGCUUACUCCUGUCAAAAGCUUCAAACAGCUUAAGACAAAAAAAAAAAAGGAAAGGAAAGGAAAACAGUUUCUUAGGAAACGCAAGUAAUUUAUUAUCCAGAUCUUUGGAUGAAUCUUUUUUUAAAAAAAACAAAUUAAGAAUCUUUCAUGUAUGUGAGAUCAAGAGUAUCAUGGCACUCAGAGAGAGGGAGAGAGAUUGCAAGAGAGAGAGAAUUUUAUUAAUCAGAAUUAAACAAGAUCAACUUGUUUACUAACCUGUGGAGCUUGUUGAGAUAGGAUUGGUAAUGUGACCAUAGCUUCAUGUAGCCCUAAAAGAGCAAACUCCGUACUCUCUUUUAAUAUGUUGUUUUUCCAUUUUUCUUUUCUGACUCUAGCAGAAUGAUUGCCAGAGAAGGGAUAAUUCUAAAAAUCCAUUCAUGGAAGAACAAAUCUGUUUCUGGAAAUGAGGCUGAGGUGAAUUUCUUUGAGGUUGAAAGAGCAUGCAAGUACUUUGUGCUGCUUUCAGCUCCUCAUCAAAUAGCUAGUUCUGUGUCCACAUAUUUUUGAUCAAAUAUCCACGGAUAUUUUCUCAUGGUUUCCUCUUGGCUCUGUUUGCAUCCGCUGUUGCUUCGUACAGCCAACUUGCCUGUGUUUGUAGCAGCACUUUAAUCUCAGCAGAAGACAGCUCAGCAGAGGGAAAAUUAAGCUGGUGCAGGAUUAAGUCUUGGGCCAGAAUCAAGAGAGCUCCAUUAGGCAUAUUGAAAGGUUUGCCUAUGCACAGCGGGACCUUUGAUGGCAGGGUGGGGGGAGACAGCAGCCUCACACUGUACUACAUACUGCUUUUGAAACUCCCUUGAAUUUAGGGCAUAGUACAGGGCUGUUCAACUUCAGCCCUCCUGCAGAUGUUGGCCUACAAUUCCAAUACUCCCUGGUUAUUGGCCGCUGUGGCUGGAGAUUGUGAGAGUUGUACAAGUUCAAAAACAACUGGGGCGGGGGGGGGGGUCUAAGUUGAGCAGGCCUGACAUAGUAACAUAACUGCCUUAUUUUGAGGCAGGCUGUUGGCCCAUCUAGCUCAGUAUUGUCUACUCUGACUGGCAGAGGCUCUCCCGGGUUUCAGGCAGGGGACUUUCCCAGCCCUACUUGGAAAUGUCUGGGAUUGAACCUUCUGCAUGCAAAACAGAUGCCUCUCCCACUAAGUUAUGGCCCCAUCCCCAUCCUGUGAUUCUCUAGGUUGUGGCCUUGAGACUUUUAAAGUGCACCUAUAUGAGAAAGAAACAGCAGAAGCCUUAAAAUACAAGAGAUUUCUACAAUCUGGUCAGGGGCAUCACUAUAAUUGAGCGAAAGGGUUCCAAGAACCCGGGGCCCCGAGAUUUUGAGGGCCCCCCAGCUCCACCCCUCCCUAUUUUCUUCAUUAUCUCCCUCACUUUGAGGGGCCGCCAGAGAGAGGAAUGAACACGGCCCCCUCUCCCCUAGCUACACCCCUGAAUCUGGUGUCUACACAAUUCAGGGCAAGCUGAACUGUUAAAGAGGCCUUUUCUGUCACACUCGGCUAUAAUUUCAAUGCCAGUGUAGGAAUAUGUCAGAAAGCAGAUGCUGCAGUUGUAAUGAUUUUCAGUGUGAACUCAGGACAGACUGUUGAUGUACUUUCCAGCUUCGACCAACUUACACCAGAUACAACUAUGUCUUUGAGAAUAAUGGUGAAGUUAUUGGACAGAGUAGUGAUCUUAAAUUAACUGUGUUUAAAAUCCAUAGGGCCAUCUCUACUAUAUUUUUGCAACUUAGAUACUCUGAGGCAAGUUCUAGAACCCAAAGUAUUUAGCAAUCUACAUUUAUAGGUGGGAGGGUUUUUUUAAGCCAUUUCCCACAAUAUAUAAGAGAUGUGUGUGCAGUGUGUUUACCCUGUAUCCUCAUGGAGAACACUGUAAAAUGUAUGCAUCUCUUUGUCAAAUGUUAUAAUGUUCAGUGAAGGGACACAUGGUGGAUACACUACAAACAAGUAUAUUUUGUGUAUCAUGUUGGGUUGCCCUUAGAACACAGAAAUCAGUCUCCCUAUUGGGGGAAAACGUAUGAAGAGAAGGUGCUAGUAUAUUUGUUGUUACCAUAGGUGUACAAAUUGGGCAUCUGAUAUGAGCAUCCCCAAUUAACAGGCAAACUGUCCCUUAAGAAGCAUGUUACAUGGGCACUUUGUUAGCAGAUACCUAAGCCGGUUGACAAAAUACAUCCCAGAACAUGCCACAUGUUUUACUGGUGAAUUCUACACCUUAUCCAAAGAGCACUUUAUUUCAGGAUUUGGUUGUAGGAAGGUUAUUUCAAGAGAUAUAGACAGAUGCUACAGUAGGCAUUCCCCCCCACCCUUCUUUCAAGUGGCACCUGCUAAGAAAUGUCCCAUUUCAGGUGCUGCACUACUCUUGUCACUCAUGGGGAUAAUAUGUUCACAAGGAGCUGUGUCUGUGUCAGUGUGCCAUUUCAAGCAGCAAGCGGCUGCUCCUGCUCAUGUGUAAAUGUAUUAGGUGUGGAGACAUGCUCAUGAAAGAACAAUACUUGCCCCUCCCUUAACACUAUUUUGAACCUGUACAGAGCAUGUGUUAAGAGCAGUUAGGAACAUGGGAAGCUGCCUUAUACUGAGCCAGACCAUUGGUCCAUCUAGCUCAGUACUGUCUACACUGACUGGCAGCAGCUUCUUCAAAGUUUCAGGCGGGGGUUGUUCCUAGCCCUAGUUGGAGAUGCCAGGAAUUGAACCUGGGACCUUCUGCAUGCAAAGCAGAUGCUUUACCACUGAGCUACAGCCCCAUUCCCAAAAGCGGCAUACAUGGGUCUUGCAUCUAAGCACGAACCACACCGAGACUGGUUUAGCUUUAGCAAGGUGGCUAUAUAGUGUGCCCUGAGACAAAUACAAAUACGAUGAAUAUUUCUAUACCAGUUUUCAACAGAAGUCCCCAAAGCAGUUUAUAUAGAUAUAAAUGAAUAAACUGGCUCCCUGUCCCCAAAGGGCUCACCAUCUAAAAAAGAGACAUAAGAUAGACACCAGCAACAGCCACUGGAGGGAUGCUGUGCUGGAGAUGGAUAGGGCUCUGGGACCAGUUUCAGGGCAGAAAAGCAAACCCCAAAUGAAAGAAGUGUACACAUUGUACUGGUGCAGGCAUACCUUUAGAAUUCUGAAUAUCCUAGCUUUUUAACUUCUAGUCCUCACUAAUUCCAGAGAGAAGUCUGUUAAUGCCAUGGCAAGAAUACUCAGUGAUCAAAAAUCAGUGGGCAAUUAAAACAAAAUUGGAAUUCAGUGGCUUGCUUUGAACUCUUAUGAUUUCCAAAUCCCAGAUAUAAUGACGUUUUCAAGGGCUGACUCAUAUUUUUUUAAUAUAUAUAUAUGAGCAACAAUUUCUGAAUAUUAUACUGUAGAAUAAAUAUACCAUGGCCACCAACUGUGAUAUUAUUUAUAUUAAUGAAAAUAUAUGCAAAGUAUGUACUCAGUUCUGCAGUUGCCUAUCUAGAGAUUUCUUACAAGUUUGAGAGUGGCAGUGUACAUGCACAGACACCCCCUUCAUUUCAGUUCCAUGUAUACACAUUCCUUUGUCCCUGCAUUUCAUGAUGUCUCAACCUGGAAAUGUUGAGUGGCCAGGAAGCACAUCCCUCCACCAUCUGAUAGCCAACUUUUAAUCUUGGUUACAGAUGUUGGGUGGCGGAGAGAUGUGCAGGGUGAGGGUGGGGACCUGACAUUUCUGGGUUCAGAAGUUACAAAAUGCAUGGAACUUCUGGCUCAUGUUGGGAGUGCAUGUUCACCUUACUUGCCACCGUUUUAUGGGAAGCUACUCAGAACAAAAGCUAGAUACGGUUCUGUAGGCCUGAUCUCAUUGAAAUUCAUGGGACCUAAAUCACUGUAAUUUAAUUGAAUCUACUUGCCCAACUUUUUCUGAAUUUAUUAAGAACAUAAGAACAGCCUUGCUGGAUAAGGCCCGUGACCGAUCUAGUCCAGCAUCCUGUUUCACACAGUGGCCCAACAGAUGCCUCUGAGAAGCCCACAGGUAAGAGGUGAGAGCAUGCCCUCUCUUUUGCUGUUGCUCCCCUGCAACUGGUAUUUAGAGACUUCUUGCCUCUAAGCCUAGAGGCAGCCUAUAGUCACCAGACUAGUAGCCAUCUAUAUACCUGUUCUCCAUGAAUUUGUCUAAGCCCCUUUUAAAGCCAUCCAGGCUCGUGACCAUCACCACAUCCCGUGGCAGAGAAGUCCAUAGAUUAAUUAUUCACUGUAUGAAAAAAUACUUCUUUUUGUUGAUCCUAAAUUUCCCAGCAUUCAGUUUUAUUAGAUGACCCCUAGUUCUAAUGUUGUGAAAGAGGGAGAAAAAUUUCUCUGUCCACUCUCUCUACUCCAUGCAUAAUUGUAUACACUUCUAUCAUGUUUCCCCAUAGUUGCCCCUUUUCCAAACUAAAAAGCCCCAGAUGCUGUGGCCUUGCCUCAUAAGAAAGAUGUUCCAGGCCCCUGAUCAUCUUGGUUGCCUUCUUCUGCACCUCUUCAAGUUCUACAAUGUCCUUCUUAAGAUACGAUGACCAGAACUGUACGUAGUACUCCAAAUGUGGCCACACCAUAGAAUUGUAUAAGGGCAUUAGAUUACUAUUUUUAUUUUCACUCCCCUUCCUAAUGAUUCCUUGCAUGGAAUUUGCCUUUUUCACAGCUGCCACACACUAAGUUGAUACUUGCAUUGAAUUGUCCACCACGUCCCCAAGAUCUCUCACCUGAUCAGUCACUGACAGCUCAGACUCCACCUGUUUAUAUGUGAAGUUGGGUUUUUUUGCCCCAAUAUGCAUCACUUUACACUUGCUUACAUUAAACCACAUUUGUCAUUUUGUUGCCCACUCCCCCAGUUUGGAGAGCUUUUGGAGCUCCUUGCAAUCUCUUUUGGAUUUCAUUGCCCUAAAUAGUUUGAGUUAUAUAAUUAUAAAACUGAUUCACUGGCUACAUUUGAAGAUUACAUUACCCUAAAGUACUCUGGAAUAUACUCCGCUGUUCUAACAUUUUAGAGGGGAGGAAAUCUAUGAUAAAAAAAUAUUCAAGAAGUCUUGGCUCAUUAACAGCAAUAGUUAAAUGUGAAAGUUGUUUAGCACUGAACCACAGGGCUCCAUGUAAGAUGCAUUUUUAUUUAACAGCUGAAUUCACAAUUUACAAUUGAAAAGUAAAUUAAAUUUGCAGGUAAUGGUAAAUUGGAAGAUUUUGAGAAUCCUAUUGUAGGAGGAGUGAUAAUAUGGUAGCAUCCAUAAUGAUAUUAAAUGCAAUCUAAAAUCCAAAACUGAUUUCCAAUUUUAUUUUUUAAAACAUGACUGAAUCCCAUUGAUUUCAAGUGAUGAUCCCAGGGCACUUAGGGUCCAGGUUUGCCUAAUAAAUCCCCCUAAUGCAUGAACUCAUUUGGGACUAAUAAAAUUGGAGAAAUAUUAUUGCAAAGCAAAAAAGAAAAAAUAAACAGCAGGCAACUUUUGCUCAACAGUCGAAAACCACAGUGCUUAGAUAUAGGUUAAACUUAACAUUACUAAAACUCUAAAAAGCAAGGCUCUGUUCAAAAUUAAUGAUGACAAGGCCCUUCCCACAAGCUUACCAAUCUAAACAGACACAAGGAAAAGGAAGGACAGUGUGGGUAAGGAAAGAUGAUGAAGGGAGAGAGAGACAAAGUUAUAACAUUGGUCAUACUGUCAUUAUUACGUUCGUGUGAAUUCACCUAGAUAUUGUGUGUGUGUUGUUUGGGGUGUAUUAACUUACUACUGUAUAGUCUAUUGUCAUUCCAAACAGUCUAGCCAUAGGAUUCCAUAAGGGCGACAACUUUAACUAAAAGCUAAUGGUGGGUGGUGUUAGGGUACUUUUUGCUUCCUUCUGUAAUGUUUUGCAGUGCCUUAUGGGGUUUUUUCCAUUUCUUUAUUACAAAUGUUCUAUUAGAGAACGAUAAUUUUCAAUAAGUAUCCAUGAACAAUACAAGCAACUCUUUCAUAAGUGAUAGUUUAAAAUACCUUUUUUAAAAACUCAGUAGUUAGACCUGAUUCUAAAUUCCCUUAUUGUAUGCCAACAUUAUUUCAGGUAGAAAGAGAAAUGCAACUUGAGUUAUUUUUCCCCAGGAGGACCCACAAUCAAUUUCUGCAGAUUUGCAAAGAAAGCACAUGCAACUGAAUCCAUAGUCUGGGUUCCUCACACUUUUCUCGAGGUUUCUAGCCCUCAUGAUCACGGAGUCAGAAUCAGCUGGCAGUGUUUGCUGAAACUGGAAACUGAGAGUGCUUGCAUAUAGAUCCAGUGACUAAAAAACACAUUUGAGUGGGGGUGGGGAAAACAGCAUGUGGCUCUCUGCUUAAAAAAUAUCUGUUGCGCCACAGUUUGCCACUGUUACCUUUUGUAUUUACCGGAUCGUCCCACCCUAACUAAACUAUAUUUAGCACAGAACUACCAUUGAGGAAUACAGACUUCACAGGAAGAGGGGUAGUUCCUGCAGUAAGUGUCUAGUGCAAAAGCACCUGUAUUACCUUACGUGUGUGUGUGUUUUUUUUUAAUCUGUGUGCAUUAGUCUUUGGUUAUUUGUUAUACUUCAGAUGGUUGCAGAUACUGUGUAGUUGCAGGGUAUUUUCUUAUCGUGUCGUCACUACCUCUUAAAAUGAUUGUCCUUUCCCGUAAGCAUACUCUGGCGUCAAGAGCGGUGCUGCCUCAUAAUGCUGAUACCAUUGUUUCUAAACCCUCCCCACAAGGCUUUGUUUGUAGGCAAUAACUUUAAACACUUGGCAUAAUGUGGCAAGCUUUGCACCAGAAUUCAGCCACCAUUGCCUCCUCCUCCUGAGACAUGCUUGUGGGGAAAGAGAGGCUCUAAGGCCUAAGGAAAAGGGAUACACACUCAGGGAGCUGAUAUGUGACAGGAGAGGAUGUAUUUACACAAUAGCUUGGUAACCAGUAUUUCCUCAGGAUAUAAACUUAGUUUGCUUGGCCUUUGACCUAGGAGGACUUUGGAAGCCAAUUGCCACCUCAUGUUCCUUAUAGUAAUAGCAAACACUUCAUUCGAAAACCCAGGGAGUCAGAAUUGUUUGUAGGCAAUGCUGCUUAGCCAGAGAUACUGGGAUUAUGGAACUGUUUUAUGAACAUCAUUUAUAGCACAAGAACAAAUCAAAUGCUAUGUCCGUACUCUUAAUUCAAAAAGACCUUUUCACUCCUUGAAGUCUAGAUAUCUACACGCAAGGAAUAAAAGCAAAUCUGUGUGGGGUUUUGUUGUUCAAAUGCUGGGCCUGUUUCCACAGUGCAAACUUUCUUCCUUGGGCAAACAAUAAUUUUGGCCAAUUUUGCAGACCUGUUCUCCAGCCUUUUGGAGUGUGUUCUGACUUUGUGUCCUUUGUAAAAUUCAGAAAUGCAGAACCCCACAGGCCAAACUGCAUGCUUCUUCAAAUUGUUUACACAAAGGUGAUGCUCCUGUUGCAGCUCAUAAAACUAAGGAGAAAAGUAUCUGUGAGGCGAGAGAUAGAAAAAGUCAGUAUUUUUUUUAAUGGCACUCCUUGUGACUUUGGAUUUGAAGGCAUUGGGUUUCUGAACUUGCAACUGAAAAAAAUGUGGUUAAAGAACUAACCUGUGUGAUACAGGGUUUGUAUCUGUCUAGAGUCUGUAUAUUAUAUUCACUUAUUAAUGGAUCAUACUUCUUUUUCACAUAGCAAAGGUCAGGGAUCUUCAUAUGCAAUAAUAUACUGAUCUGGGUAAACAUCCAGAUGCUUGCAACCAAAUGACAUGUUUUUUGAAAGUUGCAGUUUUGUUUUUAGAUGAAGUUGUUAGAGUGUGUGUGUCCUGUGUGGCAGUAAAAAAAUGAACAAUUAUCUGUCAAAGAUAGUUCCUAUAGUUGUGUAACCACAAGGUAUUUGGGAAGGAUGGCAGGCAUUUCCUUCCUCCAACGUAGCAUCAGUUAAGAGCACAUGUGAAGAAGACAUUCCCCAGCCUCCAUAGAAUGCUGUUGCCUUAACUAUAAAAUAUAGGAUUUUUGUAACAUCAUUUCCAGCUCACUGGAAAAUGUAAAAAGACUGAUCCGCUUCUCAAUAAAACAAAUAGGAGAAAUUCAAUUUUAUUUUAGAGGAAGUAAAAGGAGGCUCCAAUCCUUAACCUGAUCUUGUGGUGCAAGAUGCAAUGAUUUAUUGUGGGUUUGCACUUAGUGAAUUAGGUUAAGGGGUCAGGUUAAAAACAUUUAGAAACAUAAGAUUUUUAAUGUCUGAUUAAGUUUCACCUUCUGAAGAAAUGGAGUGGUGUCCCUGGUAUUGGUUUUAAAUAACCUGCACUCAGAUUCUAGGAACAGAGUGUCUUAAAGUAUACACAUCUCUCUCCUUCUCUCUUCCAUGGUUGCUUCUCAUGUUAUGUUGUGCAAAUGAUUUUUUGGUCAUAGCCAUGUGGAUCUGUGAAUGCCUGAAUUGGCCUUCACAAAUGCUCAAUGUUGUCAAUUGCAUUAACAUGUCCCUGCAGUAAUCCAGUGACAAAUUCAUGAGAGCUGAUCACUUCAUUUUAAUGUCUGAAUAAGUAGUAUGUUCAGACCUUUUAAGGUCUGGUGUGCAUGUUUAGCCCCUGCUUAUUUUGUGUCUCAUGUGGGCCAAUAUGAACAUUCAAUGGGAGGGGAGAUAUGAAUGCGGCAAAGUCGUAUGCCUAGCGAUAUUAAUUCAAAUUGACAGUUUGCAUUGAUCUGCCAUGAAAAUUCAAGAGAACAUAACAAAAGGUGAGAAGUGACCAUAGAGUGCCCUGUUAGAGAACUGUUGGGUAUCUGCCUCAGUCUUUACUCACAGUGCAUGUGUGCAUUUGAUACUGGCUGUGCAAAUGUGUCCAUUCAGGGGUGUGUGGGUGUGUGAGAGAGAUUUCAGAAUUAGAAAAGAAUUGUGUGUGAGAGCGUGAGUAUUCAGUAUAAAAUUAGGUGUGUGUCUGUGUGUAUGGGGAGGAAAAGGGGUAUCUGCUUUUCUGAUCAGGGAGUGUGAAGAGUGUACCCUCUUUCUCUUUGCAUCUCAUUUAGAAGAGUGUAUGUUGACAAAGCAGGGAGUCCUUUUGCUUUGCAAGCAUCCUUUUCUCAUCUGAGUGAAGGAUGUGCCUGUCUUUCUCCCUCUGUCUCCUAAGGAACCCCCUAUGCUCACAGACAGCUUUGUGGCAUGGGCAGACGUUUCAUCGUUUUGGUGAAAGCAGCCACCCUGUUUUUCCAGCUGUCCUUUGUUUUCCAUUCUGUUUCCAUAUUUAUACGUCCUGAGGAUUUUGUCUAGAAGCAUCCUCUAAACACACUUCUGUUUAUUCUGUAAACUAAGAACUGUAAAUAAGGUUUAGCAUUCCUAUUGUAACAAAUUAAUUUUUAUGCAAUAAAUUAUAUUUCCUAGUCUAAUAAAAAGUUUAAAAUUA